UCAGCCCCUUGGUCAAUCUGCCCUCUUGGCCUCUACUUCAAAUUCCGACUCUCAUCCCACAAUUGAUUCCGCCAUGUCUACCUACGCUUUGUCGACCAGCCACAAGGAGAUGCUUGAGAAGUCCCUUCUCGAGUCUGACCCCGAGGUCGCCUCCAUCAUGAAAGAUGAGGUCCAGCGUCAGCGCGAGUCCAUUGUUCUCAUCGCCUCCGAGAACAUCACCUCCCGUGCCGUCUUCGAUGCCCUAGGCUCUCCCAUGUCCAACAAGUACUCCGAGGGCUACCCCGGUGCUCGUUACUAUGGUGGCAACCAGCACAUUGACCAGAUCGAGCUGCUCUGCCAGCGCCGUGCUCUUGAUGCCUUCCACCUCGACCACGAGAAGUGGGGUGUCAACGUCCAGUGCCUCAGUGGCAGCCCUGCCAACCUGCAGGUCUAUCAGGCCAUCAUGCCUCCCCACGGCCGUCUCAUGGGUCUCGAUCUGCCCCACGGUGGUCACUUGAGCCACGGCUACCAGACUCCCCAGCGAAAGAUUUCCGCAGUCUCCACCUACUUCGAGACCAUGCCCUACCGCGUUAACCUCGACACUGGCAUCAUCGACUACGACCAGCUCCAGCAGAACGCUAUUCUGUACCGCCCCAAGGUCCUUGUUGCUGGUACCUCCGCCUACUGCCGUCUGAUCGACUACGAGCGCAUGCGCAAGAUUGCUGACUCCGUCGGCGCCUACCUGGUUGUCGAUAUGGCUCACAUCUCUGGUCUCAUUGCCGCCGAGACCAUUCCUUCUCCCUUCCUGUGGGCUGACAUCGUCACCACCACCACCCACAAGUCCCUCCGUGGCCCUCGUGGUGCCAUGAUCUUCUUCCGAAAGGGCGUCCGCUCUGUUGACGCCAAGACUGGCAAGGAGACUCUCUACAACCUUGAGGACCCCAUCAACUUCUCCGUCUUCCCUGGCCACCAGGGUGGUCCUCACAACCACACCAUCACCGCUCUGGCUGUUGCCCUCAAGCAGGCUCAGACCCCCGAGUUCAAGGCCUACCAGGAGAAGGUUGUCUCCAACGCCAAGACCCUCGAGGUCAAGUUCAAGGAGCUCGGCCACAAGCUCGUUGCUGACGGCACUGACAGCCACAUGGUCCUCCUCGACCUUCGUCAGUUCAACCUUGAUGGUGCCCGUGUUGAGGCUGUCCUCGAGCAGAUCAACAUUGCCUGCAACAAGAACGCCAUUCCCGGAGACAAGAGCGCUCUGACUCCUUGCGGUAUCCGAAUUGGUACCCCUGCCAUGACCAGCCGUGGCUUCGGAGAGAAGGACUUUGAGCGCGUCGUCGAGUACAUUGACCAGGCCAUCAAGAUCUGCGUUGAGACUCAGGCUGCUCUGCCCAAGGCCGCCAACAGACUCAAGGACUUCAAGGCCGAGGUUGCCAGCGGCAAGAUUGCCAAGAUCAACGAGCUCCAGAAGGAGAUUGCUGCUUGGACUAGCACCUUCCCUCUCCCCGUUGAGGGCUGGCGCCUGGAUGCUGGCAUCUAAGUGCAAGAUGCUGGUGACCAACAUCGUUUCUUUUUUACUUAAAACCAUUGAUUGAGCAUGAAAUCAAACAGAUACCAAAAGAAUUGAAAAUGGAGAACCAAAAAAAACUAAAGUCCACCUCAAGCAUUUAACAUGAGAUGAGACGGAAGCCAUAACACAAUACAGAAACAAAACAAAUUCGGCGAAAGGUUCAACAACUUUGCAAUUUUUCAUUAUUCAUAAGGGCUGGCGUAUGUUAUAUAUAUAUAUAUAUUUUUCCAUUUCAACCGGAAAUGAGUGGAAGAGGAGUUUUCUUUUGACUGGGCAAAGAUUUUGGGAGGAUUUUGACUACGGCAUUACAAAUCUUUGAUGUACCAAAAAAUAUUCAACGUCGACAAUGGGUGUUGACCUAUGUCCCUGCUUCAACAAGUAGGGCAACUAAGAAGAGAAAAAAAAGAAUUGUUCUCCGUA